AUGGAUGCUACAGUGACGGCGACGGCGGCGGAGACGGCGGUUAAUUGGUCGGAGAAUACGGAGGACUACGAGCUUUUCUCGUCGGCGAUUGACCCAGAGACGGCGUUUUUGGCUUCCAAGAAAGAAACGGGCAACGAAUGGGAGCUGUUCAAGGAAAACGUCCGGCCACUGAAGCGAGGCCGCAAGGUGGCUGUUCUAAAUAACGCCCUUAAAUCCCACAUCACCACCGCUUCCCAUCGUUCUCUUCUUGAGAACCGGAGGAGGUUAAUUCAAGCAAUUGAUGAAUACCAAGGGGACGAUCCUCUACAGCCAUGGCUCCAGUGUAUUAAAUGGGUUCAGGAGGCUUUCCCUCCUGGUGGAGAUUCCUCUGGGUUAGUGGUCAUCUACGAGCAAUGUGUACGCAGUUUUUGGCAUGAACCACGCUACAAGGAUGACCUUCGCUAUCUCAAAGUUUGGUUAGAAUAUGCUGAAAAUUGUAUGGAUGCUGAAGUUGUCUAUAGUUUUCUGGAGGCGAAUAAAAUUGGCCUGACUCACGCAUCUUUCUACAUAGCAUAUGCUCUUCAUAUGGAAUCCAAGAAUAAGAUGAGAACUGCCAAUGAAAUCUUCAAUCGGGGUAUAUCUAUGAAUGCACAGCCAAUUGAGAAAUUGAAUGCAGCCUAUAGAAAGUUUUUCAAUCGGUCAAUGACAAGACCAAAAGUUGUGGAGGAGGAACCAACUGAGAAUAGGGCUCCACUUAGAAGCUUUGGGACUUUAUUGCCUAAUGGAGAACCUCGAGAUGGUUUUGGUCUGGCAAAGAAAAAGCUGAAGACAGAUAGGGCUGGUGGGGCAUCAUUGGCUAUCUACAAAGAUACUGAAACUGAUGUAAGACUGGGCCAUCAGUCACAAACGUCGAAAUUAACCUCAAAAUCAUGGCAGAAUCUUGGUGCUCGGGAAGAAAGAAAUAAAGAGAACAGUGCUGUUCCUUCGAGGUGGACAGUGCACAAGAUCCCUCAGAAAUUUGGGCACAGAAAUGGUGGAACGGUUCCAUCUCCAUCUAUAGAGAUCUUCGUGGAUGAAGAAUGUAACGGAGCUCAAAAGUUAGAUAAGGAGACAGUGAAAUCUUCAGCAGGUUUGCGGCUUAGAGACAGUGAUGACAAAGAACUAAAGAAGGAAACGGAGCUACUGAGAGAAAAUCCGUUGCGCCAUUUCCCGCCAAGCUCUUUGCCUAGAUAG